AAUUUUUAUUGAAUACUUAAUACAGAAAUAAAAAACAAUAUUUGCUUUGAAUGUCAAAUCAAAUUUGAAAUCAAUUUGUGAUUAUCUUCGCUGAAGACAACAGUUAUGAACCAAUUGGAAGAACAGUUAACCGAAUGGUCCGAACGGGAGUUGAAUGUAAAAGUUGUGAACAGCAAAGAAUCAUUUAAUUGUUUGCGGACCAAAAACGGAUUGUCGUUUAAGAAGUUGUUGACAUAUAUGUCUGAAUUCAUCAAAUCUCAAGAAAAUGGUCAAUCAAUUAAACUUUUCAAUGAUUCCGUUCUUCUCGAAGAAGAGAUACGUAACGUGAAGACCAAUGUCGACAGUAUUGAAUUGCGGGUAAAUUCGGUCCGCAACGAGUUUACCGCCGAACAAUUGAAACGCAACUGUCAACAGUCGAAAGUGUCACACAAUGAACACAAACUGUUUUUGUCGACACUGUUGGUGGAUGUCUGCGAAAAGAUAUCGCUGAAGAAUAAAUAUGGCACUCAAUUGCAAACAAAUCUAUUGGCGAUCAAUGCUGUCAUCGAUUCAAAUGAUAAGUUGUUUCAUUCAUCGGAUAUAAUGCGAUCAAAUGAUUUGAACAAUUUGAACGAUAAUCACAACAACAGCAAUGGUUACGGAACCAAUUGGCGACACUUUGUCGAGGAAAUUAACCAAUUGGUUGAAAGUAUUAAUUAUGUUAUCAAUGAUUUAUAUGAACUCAAAGUUGUUAAACCUGUUAGCAUUAACUUUGAUUUGGAUCUGCUAUCCAAGUCGUUAACACAAUCUGAUCCACACAUUGAAGUCGUGCCACACAAAGUUGAAAAAGAGCUGAGAAACAGUUUGAAAAUAUCAACAAAAUUGACUACAAUUAACAAUUUGAUGGAAAAAUAUCAGACAAUACGUACGGAAAAGUUGGCCAAAAAUAAGGAUAAAAUGUCAAAAAUUAUCAACAAUUGUGACGAAUUUAUUCAAACGUAUCGCUUGAAAUGCUGUCCGAAAUAA